GCGCUCGCCGCCGGGUCCGAGUGUGUGAGGCAGUCCCCUCCUCCGCGUAGGGCGCCCGCUCGCUUCGCCGCUCUCCCCGUCGGGAUUUCGGGGAUCACUGUUCUCCCGGUCGCCCCCCCCGGGACUCCCUGGGCGGUGGGGGACACGGAGGGCUCUCCCCGCCAUGGCCUUCACCUUCGCCGCUUUCUGCUACAUGUUGUCGCUGGUCCUCUGCGCAGCACUCAUCUUCUUCGCCAUCUGGCAUAUAAUUGCCUUUGAUGAACUCCGGACAGACUUCAAAAACCCAAUAGACCAGUGCAACCCAGUCCAUGCGAGAGAGCGCCUGAGAAAUAUUGAGCGUAUUUGCUUCCUCCUGCGAAAGCUGGUGUUGCCGGAGUACUCUAUUCAUAGUCUUUUCUGCAUAAUGUUUUUGUGCGCUCAGGAGUGGCUCACACUGGGGUUAAAUGUUCCUUUGCUUUUUUAUCACUUCUGGAGGUAUUUUCGUUGCCCAGCAGAUAGUUCAGAGCUAGCAUAUGAUCCACCUGCAGUCAUGAAUGCAGAUACCUUGAGUUACUGUCAGAAAGAGGCCUGGUGUAAGCUAGCUUUCUAUCUCCUUUCCUUCUUCUACUAUCUGUACUGCAUGAUCUACACUUUGGUGAGCUCUUAACUACAAGAUCAUCAUUAAAAACUGAAAACAACAAAGGCUUGGAGGUGCAAGGAUGAGUGAGCCAAGUGAUGCAUGAUUAAAAACAAACAAAAAAAAAAGCAAAGAGGAAAACGUUGAACCCAGGAAGUACACAGAAUACAUGAAAGAAAGACCCAGCGAGAACAAGCAGAGUACUAUGGGAGAAUGGCUGAGUUAACUGUGUUUAUCUCCUGUUUCUCAAUGUGUUGCAGUAAAUGACUUUCAAAACAAGCAAAACAAAAACUGCAACAAGGUGGGCUAAGUUACACAGCUAUUCACCUCUCCAGGGAUAAUGCUGCUUGGUUUAGUGGCUUCAUUAUAAACUAUAGUUCCUACUGUCUUCCAGGGAACAAAGAUGUUUUUUUUUUUCUUAAUGACUGCUGUGGACUGAAGAAGCAGAGGGCAAGAACAUCCUUUGCAGAAGGAACAGCUGUACAACACGUUGAGAAAAUGAGCACAGACUUGAGUGCAAAUAAGAUGUGUGACUGUUCUGCAGGGAUGUGCACAUGACGCUAAUCAAACAGGGAUGUCAGAUCGUGUGGAAUUGCUUCAGUGUUGGGGGUUUUUUCCACCCAUAGCAACAAUAACAAAAGAAUUUGCAGUUGCAGUGUUCUGCUUUCUAAUGAUAUUCUGCUCUUGUAGGUGAACAUCUGGUAUGUUCCUGUACUUCAUUUGUGAUGCACUAAUAACAUAGUGAUACGUAUAAGUAUUUUGGGUUUCACCUAAUCAUGCCAAACACUUACCAGAAUAGUGUUCCUCUGACCGGAGGAAAAAAUAAACAAGAGAAAGGUAAAAGCUGCAUAUAUGAAAGAGGAUUGUAACAUAGGUAUUAUAUUAAUCAAAAUGCUGGAUAACAAAAUACUGGACCAGCUACUUAUGGUCUGUAAUUCUGUUUUGCAUCUUUAUUUCUGCUGUCAAGUUUAAGCUGAAGCAAAUGUACAAAAUGUUUGUCUUGUAUGAGGUUCAUACUGAAAGAUGUUCAGGGUUUUUAUAAUUUAAAUGUUUUAAAAUUUUAUCAUGUAAUUGUCAUUUAAUUCUUACAUAUGGGCAGUAUAUCCUUAUAUAUAUGUACAUACAAAUACACAUUACAUAAAUACUCAAAACCUA